AUGGUGAGCUGGAACUGCUGUGGGCUGGGGAACCCCGCAACAGUUCGACGGAUCAAGGAGCUGCACAAGAGUAUUGCUCCCCACAUCAUGUUCCUCAUGGAGACGAAAAAUUCCGACAACUACGUUCUCCAAGAACUCCAAGACUUAAGCUAUCCUCAUCACACGCUGAUCUCCCCUCAUGGCGUUGGAGGAGGCGGCUUAGCUCUCUUCUGGUCACAAGAAGUAGCUAUCUCUAUUUUAUCCUCAUCUCAUAACUUUAUCGACACGAUUGUAAGCUUUAAAGGAAUCAAUGUCAAUGCAACCUUCGUGUAUGGUGAACCGGAUAUCUCAAAACGCGCCACAGUAUGGAAUAAUAUAUCUGAUAUGGCCUCGGAACGAAAUGGGCCAUGGAUUUUGACCGGAGACUUCAAUGAUAUCUUAGAGAAUAGUGAAAAAUCAGGUGGCCCGCUAAGAGCAGAGAGCUCUUUCUUCAACUUCAGAAACUUCCUGGCUCGAAAUGACUUGUUCGAUCUAUGCCAUACGGGCAACUGCCUCUCCUGGCGAGGACAGCGCCACACCCACCUCAUUCACAGCCGCCUAGACAGAACUCUAGUAAAUAGCGCCUGGUUUGACGCCUUCCCACAAGGAAGAUGCAACUACUUGAAGUUCGAAGCAUCAGACCAUAGGCCAGUCCAUAGUGCCUUCAGCGAAAGCAUGACGAAAUCUGGUAGAAUUUUCCGCUACGAUAGACGGCUGAAGGACGUACCAGAAGUCAAAAAUCUAAUCAAGGCCGCUUGGGAAGGUUCGCCAUCAGCCUCUGUUUCGCACAAGCUCAUACAGUGUCGAAGAGCUAUUGUUUCCUGGUGCAGAUCACAUCAUACAAAUAGCAGGAAGGCGAUUGAGGACCUCAAAAGCAAAGUAGAUACGGCUAUGGCAGACCCUACAGUAGAGGAAGCUACUAUCUCAACUCUUAACACGACUCUCUUGGAAGCCUACAAGGCCGAGGAACAGUUAUGGAGACAAAGAAGUAGGCUUCUUUGGUUGACCUUAGGAGAUUGGAACACAAGCUUCUUCCAUGCGGUCUCAAAAGGGAGAAGAGCUCGGAACAAGCUUAGUGUCAUGGAAAGCUCUGAGGGUAACACUCUAUACGAGGAAGACAAGAUUGCAUCAGAGAUAGCCCGGUACUUUAGCAACAUAUUCACGUCAGCUGGAUUUGAUGGCACAACGACAGUAGCCCAAGCGCUGAACCCCUGCAUCUCAGAGGCAAUGAAUGCUUCUUUGACCUCGUUGCCAACAGCCGGGGAAAUCAAGAGAGCCUUGUUCUCCAUUCACCCGGACAAGGCUCCGGGACCCGAAGGAUUCUCGGCCUGCUUUUUCCAGUCGAAUUAG